CCAAAACAGAGGAAAAUUUUUCGCGUUUUUCGUGAGUUUUCGUGAAUUUUCGUGCGAUCCGGAGUUCUCAGAGUCCCCCCCGCACCUCCCGCCGUCGUCCGCGUCGAAAAAGAAGCGUGGAAAACCGUAGAAAAAGCAGAAAACCGGAGCGCGAAGAAAAACCAGAGCCCGGGCCACGGAAAACAUGAACGCGUAGAUCGUCGUCGUCGAUUCUGCUCCGCGGCCACUCCGAGGGCCUCGAAAUGAACGCCAGUCUGUCCACCGAAAGUCCUCCGGUCCACCCGCCGUCGGAAGACCGAUUUGCGUACGCCUGCGAGGAGCCGACGAGCGAGUCGGCCACGAAAACGGAGAGCCUCGAGGACGUCUACAAGACCUGCAACAGCCAGUCCGUGGUGGAGUGGAUUAACGACGACGACGAGCUCGAGCGGCUGGACCUGCCGAUCGGCCUCGAUCCGACCAGCACCGUCUUCAACCGGGUGGACAGUUCCGACAUCAUCUACCAGGAGAAGAAGAAGAAAUGCAAACUCGUCGGCAAGUACGUGAUGGGGGACAUCCUCGGCGAGGGCAGCUACGGCAAGGUGAAAGAGGUGCUCGAUUCUGAAACGCUUAGCAGGCGAGCGGUCAAGAUCCUCACUAAACGCAAACUGAGACGCAUUCCAAAUGGCGAGCAGAACGUCGGACGAGAGAUCAAGCUGCUGCGGAAGCUGCAGCACCGGAACGUGAUCGAGCUGCUGGAUGUGCUGUACAACGAGGAAAAGCAGAAGAUGUACCUCAUCAUGGAGUACUGUGUAGGGGGCCUGCAGGAGAUGCUCGACUCGGUGCGAGACCGGAAGCUGCCGAUGUACCAGGCGCACGACUACUUCGUGCAGCUGCUGGACGGUCUCGAAUAUCUGCACGGUCGUGGCAUCAUUCACAAGGACAUAAAGCCGGGCAAUCUGCUACUAACACUCGAUCACACGCUAAAGAUUUCCGACUUUGGUGUGGCGGAGGCACUGGACAUCUUUGCACCGACGGACGAGUGUACGACCUCGCAGGGUUCGCCUGCCUUCCAACCGCCCGAAAUCGCCAACGGCCAUGAGGUGUUCUCAGGAUUUAAAGUUGAUAUCUGGAGCACGGGCGUUACUCUGUACAAUAUAACUACCGGAUUGUAUCCGUUCGAAGGUGAUAAUAUUUAUAAAUUGUUAGAAAACAUAGGUAAAUGCGAGUGGCAACCGCCCGAAUGGCUGGAAUGUCGGUUGGCCGAUCUGCUGGUAAACAUUCUCCAAGCCGAUCCGGCAAAACGAUUCACCCUGCAGCAAAUUCGCCACCAUGAAUGGUUCCAGUUUGCACCGGUUGCUUCUAGCCCGCCCGUGCCGAUACCACCGCUAAAGGGCGAUUGGCAUCGGUGCUCCACCGUGUUGCCUUACCUGAUAGCACACCACUAUGAGGGCGAUCGCGAUAUGCCGGCCGUUUACUUCACCGAACACGAUAUCAACGAAGAAAUGGCCCGCCAGCGAUACGAGCAGGAACAGACGCUGCUCGAUCCUAACUAUCUCGGUCGGAUGGAGUCACUAUCGUUCAAUUCGGAGGACGUUAGCCUGCAGGAUGGUGGUUCACGUUACCAGCAGUACAUCACGACCGGUAGUACCGGUGGUGGUGGCGGCGGCGGCGGUCGUGGAGCCGGAUCGGAAAAGCGACCCUCGAGAAGCUUCUCGCUUUCGCCGAAACCGAGCCUGAGGCACACAGUUGCCGGUCCUAUGAUGGUACCCGGCUCCACUAGUAGCUCAACCGGUGCGGCCAACAACAGUAACAGCAAGCGGCGAACGCGAAAAACCGUUUCCUGCAUAUCGUGGCGCAAAUGGCCUCACUGUAGGCAAUCGUGAAUGCCGUGCAGUCGAGGUCUUGAUUGACAGAGAAGGUUGUAAACUCAGGUUUCGUAACAGUCCCCCCCCUUCACGCAUACACCACACAGCGAUACGAAAUCAUACUCUGGAUGGGCCCACUACCUUCCACUUUAGCUUUGUUGUAGUAGAUUUUCUUUUUAGCUUUUGAUGCAGCCUUAAACAUGGCCCAGGACGAUCAUCUAAGAACUAGUUUUCCUUUUUCAUACGCCCGUUUUACACACAUACAAAGACACACACACAAACCCACGGUUAGAUAGCAAUCGAUGCACCGGUUCAAUCUCGUCGCUGCCUUUUUAGUAUGGUUUGAUGCCGUUAGUUUCUAUUUUUGAUCCCCAUUUUUCUUCGCUGUCCAAUCAGGAACAGGUAGUAGCACUAGCAGUGGCCACACGAUGUAGAUAGUCCAAGAGGAGUCCCCUGUCGAAGGUGUUGACGGUUCACAUAGCAUAACCAAAGCGGUACACGGACGAACGUGUACCCUAUUCACGUUCAACAGAUCAAAUAUUAAAUAUUUAACGAUGCCUUGUCAGUGAGAUGCCCACCAAUACGUCAGUUCCGCCAGUCAGUUAUAGGGUUCGCGAGGGGUUUGUUAGACCGCAAAAAAACUUAGAAAAGAAACUCCAGCUCCGCUUGAAGUGUUCUACUAGAUUUUCGUACGCUUAUCGCUUCGUCGCAGGGACAUCUCAAUCGUCAGCAUGUUAAGCGGAGAAGUGGAGAAAAUAGGAAAUAGGCCAACGGAAACUCCGCCAUAGAGCACGGAUAAGUCAUACCCGUUUCCCUGCAUACGCGUGUGCCGGACUGUAUUUUUUAAGAAUGAAAUUGGUUGCUACGGUAACAAAUGAUCUGUGCGAAUGCGUGUGUGUGUGUGCAUGUGAGUUUGCGCGAGCGUACUAGACUAGUCAGCCAGCCAGCCAGCUAAGCUUAUAACGAGUUUGUCUUUGAAUCUUCAAGCAUCUUGGCAUCAUAGCAUAACUGAGAGUGGAGUUAGGUAACAAAGUUGGCCUUGGCCACGUAGGCCACCACCAUACCUAACCAGGCCCCGCGCGCCAUGGCCCCACAAUCCUGUUAGUACGCAUCAAUCAGUCUUCCUUGCCAUAAGAAAUAAAAAACAAAAAAUCACACAAAAACAGCACAUUAACCGCGACGAUAGAGCCACCUACGGGAUUAUGGAGCAACAUGUGUAAAAAGGAUGAUGGCUUUAAGAGAAAAAAAACUUAUAUAUACAACUAUAUGAUAUGGUUACGCAGAAACACACAGAUACACCCCCUCCCCCUACGUAAUUUACUGUUGGGCCACUGCGCAAGAUUAUGCCUAUGUAAAAGACAAACUGUUACUCAAUAUUAGGACGCAGGACGGCAAAGGUAAGGGCGAGGGCGAGGGUGAUAGGGAUAGAAAAUGGAUGAGAAAAAAUAAUAUAAGGUGGCGAGAUGUUUAGGUAAUGGACGGUCGAACAGCAAGACAGCAAAAAGCUAUAAUUUUGUAAUUUAUAGAAGAUGAAAAACACAACGUCGAUAAUAAAACCGAUCGUACGUGUGAACAGUUUAAAACAAAGCUUUUUUAAUUCCUUAUUUAGUGGAUCGUAGUAGCAGUCGAGACAUGCAGUUAAAGAUGGAGUCACGAAACAAACGAAUCAGCAGCAUCCCUGCAUCCCAGCUGCCUGCUUCCAGGCAUAAUACGGUCAAGAGUUCAGC